AUGACUGUCAGCGCUGUCACAGCUAAAACUACAAUUUACAACAUUCAGUUUUUAGAAAUAUCAAUAUCGUAAACAAUCAAUUAAAAUGGGAGCUUCUGCAGUUCCAUUCAUUAUAUUUACCUUAUUUUGGACACUAGUCGGUGGAGUAGCUCCUUGGUUUGUUCCAAAAGGCAUUAACAGAGGAGUCAUUCAAACAAUGCUAGUCACUACAGCUGUUUGUUGCUACUUAUUUUGGCUUUGCUGCUAUAUGGCGCAGAUGAAUCCCCUUUUCGGUCCUCAAUUACCAGCAGCUACCCUAGCAGUUAUGAAAGAAUUUUGGAAAUAAUUAAAUUGAUGUUAUCAGGUUUGAAAUCUUUAUUUAAUCCAGAUUGAUGUUGAAAUUUUCUAGUUAUAGAAGCCACCAUAGAAAUUUUCUAGUUGACAUUUGGAGAUAUUCAUUUGAAAUUAUAAAUUACUUCAUUUGUAAAUAAUUUCAUAUUUUUCAUCAGUGUAAUUUUAUGAUGUUGUACAAUUAAAAAUCAUGUUAGUUUAAUUUAUUAAAUGUUAAAUAAAUAUA